UAGCCUUUUCAAGAACGCUUAACAAGAAGCAAUUUCCAAUCUAGGAAGAGAAAACCUACAUUUCUAGACGAAGAUGGCAUUUCUUUUCAGGGACAGAGGCGUAAGCGAAUCCAAGAGACAAGCGGCUAAUCCCAAAAUCCUCAUUUCUGACCUCGCCUACCCUUUUGGCAAGUUGAGCUGCGAUCUCUCCGAUCCCGAACUGCGAGAAAUUGCCUAUGAGAUCUUCCUUGCUGCCUGCAGAUCUUCCCUUUCAAUGCCAUUGCUCCAAACUCCUGAGCAAUCCGAUCGAGACAGCGCGGGCAAGCCGGAGAAGUCGAUCUUGCCGCCGCCGCAGGCGUCCUCGCCAUCCCCGCAGAGAUCCGCGACGUCGAGCGCGGCGAGUAAGAUGAAGGCGGCGCUGGGGUUUAGUUCAUAUUCAUCGAAGAGCCUGGGGAAGGAGAACAGCCCGUUGAGGCCGAAGAAGCCGGUGACUGCUGGGGAGCUCAUGAGAGUCCAGAUGAGUGUCUCAGAGGAGGCGGAUUCCCGUGUCCGGCGUGCCGUGCUGAGGAUCACUGGCGGACUGCAUGGAAGAAGUUUCGAAUCAAUGGUUUUGCCAGUAGAGCUGUUACAGCAAUUAAGGGCUUCAGAUUUUCCUGACCAGCAACAAUACACUGCCUGGCAGAUGAGAAGUUUGAAGGUUCUUGAGGCGGGGCUACUUAUGCAUCCUUUUAAGCCAUUAGAAAAUCCAAAUUCUGCCUCGCAACAGCUUCGACAAAUUAUAUGCGGAGCUUCAGACAGACCAAUAGAAACUGGAAAGAAUUCUGAGUUGAUGCAAGGCUUGCGCGAUGCUGUGACAUCUCUCGCUUGCAGAUCGUUUGAUGGGUCGGUUCCUGAGACGUGCCACUGGGCAGAUGGAUUUCCGCUGAAUCUCCGAUUGUACCAGAUGCUAUUAGAAGCAUGUUUUGAUUGUAAUGAAGAAACAUCAAUCAUAGAUGAGGUUGAUGAGCUUAUAGAACUAAUAAAGAAGACAUGGGUGGUCCUUGGCAUGAAUCAAGUGCUUCAUAACCUUUGCUUCUCAUGGGUUUUAUUCAACCGUUUUGUAACAACAGGUGAAGUGGAAAAUGAACUGCUGUUUGCAGCUGAGAAUCAGUUGGCUGAGGUUGCAAAGGAUGAAAAGAUAAUAAAAGAUCCUGCAUAUUCAGAAAUCUUUAAUUCGACAUUGGGUUCGAUAUUGGGUUGGGUGGAAAAACGGCUACUUGCGUAUCAUGACACAUUCCAUCCAGGAAAUGUUUCAUCAAUGCAGAGUAUUGUUUCUUUGGGGGUAUUAUCUGGAAAGAUACUUGAAGGUAUUUCUCGUGCGAAAAAUAGCCGCAGGAGGAGAGAACAAGUCGAUGUAGCUCGCAACAAGAUUGAGAUUUACAUCAAGUCAUCACUCCAAACAGCUUUUGCUCAGGGAAUGGAGAAAGUAGCCUCAAGCAGGCGAUCAUCUAAAACCAAGCCAAAUCCCACUCCAUUUCUUUGCAUCCUUGCAAAGGACAUUGGUGAUCUAGCAAGGAAAGAAAAGGAAGUAUUCAGUCCAAUACUGAAAAGAUGGCAUCCAUUAGCUGCAGGUGUUGCUGUUACUACCCUUCAUCGUUGCUAUGGGAAUGAACUAAAACAAUUAAUCCAGCGUGUUACUGAGCUGACACCUGAUACUGUCCAAGUGUUCGAAGUUGCAGACAAGUUGGAGAAAGAGCUUGUGCAGAUUGCUGUUGAAGAUUCAGUCAACAGUGAAGAUGGUGGGAAAACAAUAAUCCGUGAGAUGCAACUUUAUGAGGCUGAAUAUGCAGUUGCCAAUCUGGCUAAAGCAUGGAUAAAAACAAGGGUCAACAGGCUAAAGGAAUGGAUUGAUAAGAAUGUGCAGCUAGAGGUUUGGAAUCCAAUGGCAAAUAAAGACAAGUUUGCUCCCUCUUCCAUUGAAGUUCUACGAAUAACAGACGAGACUUUGCAUGCAUUCUUUCAGCUGCCAAUGACCAUGCAUCAGGCCUUGCUUCCUGACUUGAUCACUGGAAUUGAUCAAAGUCUACAACACUACAUAUCAAGGGCAAAAUCUGGUUGUGAUUCUUACUCCAUGUUUGCAGGAACACGGAAUACUUACAUUCCCACUAUGCCAGCAUUAACCAGAUGUGAAAUUGGGUCAAAGCUUCAGGGAGUAUUUAAGAAGAAAGAGAACUUGCAAGGUUCUCACCAAAGGAACUCUCAGGUUGGGGCAUUGAAUGGUCAUGACUCCUUUGGACUCGUGCAGCUAUGUGUCCGCAUGAAUACGUUAUACCACAUUCGGACAGAGUUGGAGACCCUGGAGAAAAGGAUUGUCACUUAUCUCAGGAACACCAAAUCUUCUCACAUAGACACUGCAAAGGGGGUGCAGAACAAGUUUGAGCUUUCUUUAGUUGCUUGUCAGGAAGGGAUCCAACAGCUCUGUGAGGUGACUGCAUUUAAGGUGGUUUUCCACGACCUAAGCCAUGUUUUAUGGGAUGGCUUGUAUGUAGGCGAUGUGGCAAUUUCAAGGAUCGAGCCUUUCUGUAGAGAGCUUGACACAACUCUCGAUAUGAUCUCUUCCACUGUGCAUAAUCAACUGUGUAACUCUGUGGUUACAACAUUAAUGAAAGCUUCUUUUGAUGGGUUUCUGCUGGUGCUUCUUGCUGGUGGUCCAUCCCGUGCUUUCUCUCGCCAAGAUUGCCAGAUUAUAGAGGAGGAUUUCGUGACCCUUAAAGAUCUUUACAUGUGCAAUGGAGACAGGUUGCCAGAGGAUUUAGUGGAGAAGGCUGCAACCCCAGUGAGACGUGUCCUUCCCCUCUUUCAAGCAGACACUGAGAACCUGAUUGAACGGUUUAGACGCUUGGCUUUUGAGGCAUAUGGCCCUUCUGCCAAAUCAAACCCUCCGUUGCCUCCGACUCCAGGCAACUGGAACCCAACCGAGCCAAACACGCUUCUCCGUGUUUUGUGUUAUCGGAACGAUGAAACAGCUUCCAAAUUUCUUAAGAAGACUUACAACUUGCCUAAGAAACUGUGACACCUUCAAGCAGUACAAUAUGUGGAAAUCUGUAUCUAAUUACACUGCUAGUCCAGGGGAAGUAUCUCAAGUUAUUUGGGAAUUUUCUUCAUACGCCCACAUUUCUAUGAAGAUUCCUAGCAGGAAACACUAUUGAUCCAACAUCUCCAUUCAAGACACCUUGCCUUUCACGACUUCGUGGGUGUAGCAAUUCUGUUGGACAAUACGACGUUCGAGAGUUUGGAUGUCGAGGAGAGAGGGCUGGCGUUUGAGUCAUUCUUUCUCAUCAUCUGGACGCCUUGAAGACUAUGUCUCAACUCGAGCUAUCUAGAAGAAUUCUUUGACCAUGAGAAUGUUUCUUUAUUGUUGCCAUUGAAAGAAAGUCUUUAUUUUUUUUUACCAGCUUUUGAAUAUAGUCUGUAUCCCAAGAGGAAAUUGAGGUGAUGGAGAGGUAAUGAGAAUGGCGUUUGAAUAA